AUGCCAGUUGAGGACCAGGCUUUUAGUGUCAGGAUUUUGAAGUAUGAAAACCUCUGUUCUAUGAGAAUUGAGGAUAACAGUAACGCUCAGAGAAGCGAGUACCAGGCUGAUGUUGAACCUGGAGCUCCUGGGAGGCCACCCCUGAUGAGAACAGAUCAGCCAGCGAAUCCCAGCAGGCCCGCCCCUGUGUGCACCUCCACGGGGACUGCAGUGUCCUCACUCCCCUCUGCCCAGGAGGCUGAGGAGUGGCUGCUGCUGGUGGCAGAGACACUUUUUCUCAGGAUUCCUCGAAGUAAAGAAGGCAGUAUUUCCACGGAUAAGGACCUGGAGGCGCACGAGGGCUUAGAGCAGGAAGGCACCAGAAUAGUUCAGCCUGUCCUUUUGGGGAAAAUUAUUAGUUAUUUGGAAUACUAUGAUCCCAGUGAUUCUGCCGCCUUCCACGAAGCCUUGGCCUACGCCACAGGGCUGAGCGUCUGCGUGCUCACCUGGGCCUUUCUGCACCACUUGUAUUUCUAUCACAUUCAGCGUGUGGGGAUGAGGCUGAGGGUAGCUGUGUGCCACAUGAUUUACCGCAAGGCACUUUGCCUGAGCAACUCGGCCACGAGGGAGACCGGCACCGGCCAGAUAGUCAAUCUGCUGUCCAAUGACGUGAACAGGUUUGACCAGGUGACGAUGUUCCUGCACUUUCUGUGGGUGGGGCCUCUGCAGGCUGUCGUGGUGACCACCCUGCUCUGGAUGGAAGUAGGAAUAUCAUGUUUUGCGGGGAUGGUGGUUCUAAUUCUUCUCCUGCUUUUGCAAAGCUGCAUCGGGAAGUUGUUUUCAUCACUCCGGAGUGAGACCGCAGCUUACACAGAUGACAGGAUCAGGACCGUGAGUGAAGUUAUAACUGGCAUCAGAACAGUAAAAAUGUACACUUGGGAAAAGUCACUUGCGGAUCUUAUUGCCAGAUCGAGAAGGAAGGAAGUUUCCAAAAUUCUGAGAAGUUCCUACCUUAGAGGACUGAAUUUGGCAUCAUUUUUUGCUCUGAGCAAAAUCAUGGUUUUUGUCACCUUCAUCACCAUUGUGCUCCUUGGCAACGUGAUUACAGCCAGCCAAGUGUUUGUGGUGGUGACACUGUUCGAGGCUCUGCAGUUGACGGGCACCCUCCACUUCCCCAUGGCCGUUGAGAAGGUGUCCGAGGCAGUCGUCAGCAUCCGAAGAAUCAAGGUUUGGUGACAGGUUUUUUAAGUGUUAGUUGCAGGUAGAUUUUACGUCAAAUGAGUCCUUUUAUUUGGGUCACUGGUCUAGUUAGGUGAGAUUUAACUCUCUCAGUGCCAAGAGCUGGUCGUAGCUCCACAAUGUCCCGUGUCCUCCCCUGUCAUCUUAGGUGGAGUCGUUACAGGUUCCAUAAGGUUCCUGCUCAUUUCUGGGCAGGAGGAACAGUAGUGGCUCUGGGUGAGCAGUAACGAUGGCAGGCGAUUAAAAUAUUCAGAGCAGGAGCAGCAAACAGAUCCAUCAUCUGUGCUGACGCAAAUG